AUGGCUUCUGUGACUUCACUAGACAAAGACUUGCGCAACCUGCGACUGUCCCGCUAUACCCCGCAGGCAGCCACGGAGGUGCGUGACUGGAUCGAGGAGGUAUUACGGGAGAAACUCCCAUCCAGCGAUCUGCUGGAAGGAUUGAAGGAUGGUGUGGCCCUUUGCAAGCUGGUCAAUCUGGCUGUGUCACCAGGCGUGAAGUAUAAGUCGUCAUCGAUGCCAUUCGUACAGAUGGAGAAUAUUUCGCAUUUCCUCCGCGCAUGCCAACUGGCACCUCUGAGCCUACCUCCGCACGAUGUCUUCCUUACAGUCGAUCUCUACGAAUCCAAGGAUCCCGCCCAAGUCCUCCAGUGCAUAGCGGCAUUUAGCCGCCGAGCGAACGCCCUCCAGCCUAGCAAGUUCCCUCGCACAGUUGGCCCCCAGAGCAAGCGUGGCGUGAUCAGCCCCAAUGCAACCGGCGGCUCAUCGGGCGGUGGCUCAUUUACCCGAAAUGGCCGGGCAAUGAGUAACGCUAGUGAUGCAAACCCUCGACCUGGGAGUCCUUCGAAAGCCUCGGGGUCGUAUAGCUCCUGGAGCAAGAGAGGCGACGAGGGAGCUACUUCACCGGCGUGGAACAUUCAUCAAUACGGCUACAUGGGUGGUGCCAGUCAAGGCAAUCAGGGCAUUGCAUUCGGUGCUCGACGACAAAUCACUACACCAGGUCCAGCUGUGCCUAGUCUGGCAGAGAAGGAGAAGCGUAGGCGGGAGGAGGAAGAGAGAAUUCGCCAAGAGAACGCAGAGAGAGAGGAGGCUGAACGGAUUCGCCAGCGAGAGCAGGACGAAGAAGAGGCUCGGGCUAAGGCGGAGGAACAACGUCGUUGGGAAGAAGAGACGGCUCGUCUAAGGGAGAAGGAGCGCCAGGAGAUGGAAAAUGAGAAGAAGCGUUGGGACGAGGAAAAGCGCCAGUGGGAGGAAGAGGAGCAGCGUCGCGUUGCAGAAGAAAAAGCAGCCGAAGAGCGUCUCGAGCAAGAGCGACAGCGUCGACGGGGUGCCAAUGAUACCCGUCUGAACGGCCAAUUCCUUAGCCAAUACCAGGCCGGUCAGUCUCGCAGUGUCAGUGGCAGCAGCGCGGCCGGAAUACCCGAGGAGACUCCAGAAAGCCGCCGCAUCAAAGAGCUCGAGCGUGAAUUGGCACUGGCCAAAGAGCGAGAACAACAAUAUCAGAGCGAACGACAAAGCGUGCAGCCUCAGAGCAGUGGUGAGCCUCAGCCUCGCAGCCAAAACCGUCAACUCCCGGCUCCAGUUGGCCCGAAGCCGAGCUACGAUCUCUCCUCGCUGGAACAGGAACGACGAAUGCUUCGUGGAGAAUGGAUAAAGAACCAGGAAAUGCCGGUAGCUCCUGAAGAACCCGAGACAGCAGAAGAGGAGCAGGUGCCUCCUCCACCCCCUCGUCCACUCCCAGAACCUGUUGCAUCGCCUAAACCAGCAGUUCCACCUCGUGAGCUUCCUGCAGCUCCACGGCCCUUGCCAGACCCGGUAGCAUAUACAGCCAACCGCGGUCGCGAGAAUCGUGUUGACCGCUUCCUGUCGUCGAACCCAGCGCCACAAGCCGCUGCCCCAUCUACUCACCGGCCACAAGACUACAGCACUACGUCUGAAGUUGACGCAGAGAACAAGCGCCGCGUUGAAUCUCAGGAGAAGACUCGUGCUGGUGGAUGGGCUUCCAAGUCACUUCUGGAGCGUGAAAUGGAGCGCGAACGUGAGCGCCAGCGCGAGUGGGAAGAGAACCAGAAGCAAACCGAAGCUGCUGCGCGCGAUCCCAACUCGGGUUCUGGUCCAGGUCAAAGCUGGGAUGUGCACCAAUAUGGCUACAUGGGUGGCGAUAACCAGAAUCGCGGCGGCACAGGCCUAGGGAUUGGAGGUGCCAGACGACAGAUCAUUGGACCUCGACCUCCGCCAUAA